AAACCCGGGUCUCCUGCAUUGAAGGCGGAUUCUUUACCAACUGAGCUACGAGGGAAGCCUUCAAUUUGGGUUUAUCUAUUUUUUUCUUUGCAGUUUAGUCAGUUUUUGCCUCAGGUUUUGGAUGCUUUGCUCUUAGGUGCAUACACAAGUAUUGUUAUGUCUUCCUGGAGAAUUGAUCCCUUUAGCAUUAUGUAAUACCUUCUCUUUACCCCUGAUAAAUUUCCUUGCUCUGAAAUCUGCUUUGCCUGAAAUUAGUAUAGUGACUCCAGCUUUCUUUUGAUUACUGUAGCAUGCCAUAGUUUCUCCACCCUUUUACUUCUAACUGUCUUUAAAAACAAACAAGCAAAAAAACCCUUUUAAACCUGUGCUUUAUAUUUAAAGUGGAUUUCUUGAAGACAACAUACAGUUGGGCCUUGUUUUUUUAAUCUCCUGGCAAUUUCUUUUAAUUGGUAUAGAUCAAUCACACCAUGUUUAUAACUGCUUCUGUUUUCUCCACUUGACUUUCAUACUUCAUUUUGAAUUUGUUAUUUUGUAUUUUUUAUCUUGAAAGAAAUCUCUUCAGAUCUGUCAAAACCUGGGAGCCACCCCUGCCCAGUAUGUAUUCAGUAGAAAUAGAAAAGCUGCAUGCCAGUCCUGGUGGGACAGAACGGAUGCAGGAAUGGAGGACGUAGCUCUACAGCACAUGAUGCAUCUGAUCCGUGCUUGAGCCAUGGGCAGCAAGAAAAAAGAAAUUGCCCUGCAGGUCAACGUCAGCACCCAAGAACUUUGGGAGGAGAUGCUCAGUUCCAAAGGACUAACUGUUGUUGACGUCUACCAAGGCUGGUGUGGCCCCUGCAAGCCCGUGGUGAGCCUCUUCCAGAAGAUGAGGGUGGAGGUUGGCCCGGACCUUCUGCAUUUUGCAACAGCAGAGGCAGACUGUCUCGAUGUGCUCGAAAGAUACCGAGGGAAGUGCGAGCCAACCUUUCUGUUUUAUGCCGGAGGAGAGCUGGUGGCGGUGGUGAGAGGAGCGAAUGCCCCACUGCUGGAGAAAACCAUCCGCGAGCAGCUGGAGGCAGAAAAGAGGGUGCUGGCUGAAGGCAGAGAACGGAGGGUGAUUAAAGAUGAAGCUCUUUCUGAUGAAGAUGAAUGCUUUUCUCAUGAAAAGAACAAUGGUGAUGAUGAGGACCUGGUAUCAUCAGCGAAGACCUGCACCUUGGCCAUCAUUAAACCAGAUGCGGUGGUCCAUGGGAAGACAGAUGAGAUUAUCAUGAAGAUCCAGGAAGCUGGGUUUGACAUUUUAACGAAUGAAGAGAGAACCAUGACAGAAGCAGAAAUGCGACUUUUCUACCAACACAGAGCUGGAGAGGACACAUUUGAGAAGCUGGUACAUCACAUGUGCAGUGGACCAAGCCACCUCCUGAUCCUUGCCAGGACUGAGGGCACCAAGGACGUGGUCACUGCCUGGCGAACCCUCAUGGGGCCCUGUGACCCUCAUGUGGCAAGGAGGGAGCAGCCUGACAGUCUCCGGGCUCAAUAUGGCACAGAAAUGCCCUUUAAUGCAGUCCAUGGAAGCUGGGACUCAGAAGAUGCCCAUCGGGAACUGGCCCUGCUCUUCCCCGGUUUUCAGUUUUCAGACCAGAUUCCAGAAUCCGCCCCUCUGGGCCAUGAGGCUGAAGGAGUGGAGGGCCCCGGCAAAAUGCUGUGCUCCCCGGAGGAUGUGGAUGAGGCAGCCCGUGACCAGGGUGAGGCCACAAGCUGAAGUCAGAACGUUUAUAUCUGCUGCACAUAAGGAAACUUCCAGAACUGGAACUUCCUCUCUUGAGCACCGAUACUUUCUUGAUUUAGCUAUCCUUCAUGAAUAAAAAUAAUGGUAUCCA